AUCAAGAAAUGCAUGACCAUGUUAUAUGCAUACAAAUUAAAUAAUAAUAUAAUUACCCAUAUAUAAUUAGUACUAGCAUAUUUUACAAUUCUCAAAAUCCAGUAAGGCGUGAUACAGCAUCCAUAUAUUCAAUCCAUGUCUUUUCGCCGGAAUUCCGAUGUCUCUUGUACCUGUCAAGCACAUCACCAAGCUGGACAUACCAGCGCUUGCUAGGAGGGGAUCUGUCUCCAGCUCUCGGUUUUAUGAUAGUAAUAAGAUGACGGAUGCCAAUGGACACCUUCAUCUGUGGUACCUGCCAGGGUGCCUUCAAUGAGAUAGAGCUGUUCAUGCGACACAAGGGGGAAGGGUGUGAGCCACAACAGCCAGAGGUCAUCCAGGUGCAUGUCAACGGAUCAGGGGAGAUAACUGAAUAUACAGAUGCAGCCGGAGAUGGAACCACCACCCUCAACCUGUUCAGCGACACCAUUGACCAGGGCAUCAGCGUGGAAACGGGGGAUCACAUAGAUGAGAAUGGUACGCCUACUCUAAUUAUCCUGGAUGAGGGUCAGUCCCUGGUCACACAAGCAGUCACGGACAAGGCAACAUGCACUCCCAGCACAGAAGCACCAGGUGUUGUGACAUCACAGUAUGCCGCUGACUGCACAUGUCGUCAACCGGUCACUCAGACUGAUGUCAAAGCCAAAAGGAAAGGUCGACCAAAGAAGGGAGAAGAGAAGAACAAGGUUAUUGAUGCUGUUAGCAAAGAAGUAGGGAAACCACCUCUUCCAGAGAAAUCCAAAGAUGGCAAGUUUCACUGUGUGCGCUGCAAGAGAGCUUUUACCAAGGAGCGCUUCUUCAACACCCACAAGUGUCUGGCAUCGUCCGACUAUGUUAUCAUCACCAGUAAGGAUGUCAAGCUGGACUCAGGAGACGACUCUGAUGAGCUGGAGGAUGUAGGAGCAGAGGAAGUAGAGGAUGCAGAGGAGUACACUGCUCCCGCGGACCUCAUCAUUGCAGAUGAACACCGAGCCAAGAAGUUUGACAACGUUCUAGUCAGUGCUGACCCAGAUGGCGAUGCCUACAACUACAACUCGGAGAAACCCACGGAUGAGAUCGAUGACAUCCCAGUUUUCCGUACCCUUGAAGAAAAAGUAGCGUUCGAGACGAACCUGAACGUGGACCUCAGCAGCGUGGAUCAGAUGUUCAAGAUUCACAUGAUCGAACAAGACCUGAACGAGAAUGCAAGUUCGGUGCGGAACAUGUCGACGUCGCUAUCACUGUACAGCUGCAACAUCUGUGACAAGGUGUUCAAGACGUUGUCUCACAUGAGACUUCACUGUCUCAUCCACACUGAACUCAAGCCCUUCAAAUGCUUCAAGUGCUCCUAUGCUUCAAACUCUAAGGGUAAUCUGUACACACACAUGCGGAAACACACAGGUCAGUUCUACAACUGCAGCAAGUGUUCCUUCCGGACAGUGAACAAGAGUCACCUGCUGGAGCAUGAGGCCACGCACAGCAAUGUGCGCAAACAGUGUCAGAUGUGCAAGAAGGACUACAACACACUCAAGUCACUCAUCAACCAUGUCAGGAAGUACCACAAGUUUUCAGCCAAAGGGAGGGAAUACCUUCAAACAUUCCUCCAAGGGAGACAAUCCAGGGGGGCAACAGUCAUCCACCAGUGUCAUGUGUGUAAUCGCAAGUUCAAGAAGAAGAUUGACAGAGAUCGCCAUCUUUUUAUCCAUGACAUCAAAGACAUCCCCAACAUACAGCACUGCCAGCUAUGUGACUACACUGCCAGUAGACGGACAUACCUGGAGAAGCAUUACCUCAAGCAUCGCGUCAUCUACUGUUGUACAUUGUGUGACGAGAAGUUUCUCAGUACUGUCCGGCUCAUUGACCACUUGACCAGCGUUCACUUGAAGGACGAUCCUAACCAGUGGGAGAACUUGUUCGAGCAGAGCAUCAAUAACAGUCUCUAUUUACCGGAGCCUGAUGAAUCUUUUGAUGCAACGGAAAAAGAAUUUAUUAAUCUUCCUGAGGAAUUAUCGAGCACAAGUUUGAAGAAGACAUGUGUUGAAACUCUUGAGAGCGAGUCAGAGCAGAAGGAGGGGGAUAAGACUUCAAACCCUGAAACAGUUCUUAACACAGACGGCUCUCUGAUCUGUACGAACCAGCUUGAUAAGGACGCAAUUAUGGAUGCUUCAAACAAGGAGUGUGUGGGGUUGGUGCUGGACCCAGUGAAGGACAGUGUAAAGGGAGCUAGUGAUCAGAUAGAUACAGCUGCAGAUGAGGACUCGGAACCAAUGGAUACUGAUCUACCCAUGCCGGGCCUGGGGGAGGAUGUGGAGAUGGAGGGACAGAAGAAGGAAGCUGACAAAGAAACCGAUGGAGCAGCCAGCCAAGAAACAGGGAGUAAAGCAAACAGCGAGUCUUUGACAGACGGGUUAACAGAAGACAAUGAACUUGACAAAAACAAACUGAGUGACAACCCCAAGGAAGUGAAAGAAACUGUUGAGGAAGCAACAAAACCCUUGGAGGAAGAAGACGAGGCCAUGGAUGUACAAGAAGAAUCUGAACCUAUAAAUGAAGAGGAGGAGACUAUGAACGAACAGGAUGCCAGUGAGAUCAGCGAGCCCCAGGACGACAAGGACAAGACUAUUGUGAGCAUUGUGAAAAGACUUGGCUACAGGGAAAUGUCCAUGGAGAUAUUCCACAAAAUGAGGGAGACUUUUGGCUGUGAGGAGUGUGAAUACUGUGGAAGGUUGUUCUACAACAAAGCAGAUUAUGAACCUCAUCUACGCACACAUACAGGCGACAAACCUUUCAACUGUGAACACUGUAACUACCGUGCCAUUUCAAAGGACAGCUUGAAGCGGCAUAUAGAGAAGGAGCAUCUAAAGAUGACGUUUCCGUGCAAGGAGUGCGACUAUGCUGCUCCAUCCCGCACACAGCUGUGGAACCAUCAGCUGAAACAUCUCGGGGUCACGGGGGUCGAGUGCAAUGUUUGCCAGCAAAAGUUUGAUACAAUUAAGAAACUGCGGAACCACAUGAUCCUGGAUCAUCCCGAGACCGACCGGAACUAUCUGGAUGCGCUGUCGGGGGUCAGACACAGGAUGCAAGGCAAGAUGGGACGCAGGUCCUACAAGUGUCCGUACUGUGACCGUGUGUUCAUCCGAGCCAACUCGGAGCUCCAGAAGCACAUCUGGGUCCAUGAAGGCAUCAAGCCCUACAAGUGCCCCAUCUGUCCCCACGCAUGUCGCAGCAAGACCAACCUGCAGGCACACAUGCUGCGCCACUCCAGCGAGAAGCCCUUCCAGUGUGGCGACUGUGGCAAGGCCUACAAGUCCAAGACGGCACUACGCUGGCAUGUGCGCUCACACAAGGAGGGCAAGUUCAAAUGUGACAAAUGUCCCUACGAGGCCACACAGAGCAGCCACCUGAAGCGGCACAUGGAGACCCACGACAUAGUGAAGAAGUUUGUGUGCCAGCACUGCAACUACUCCGCCAACACCCCCGGCUACAUGAAGAUCCACUACACACGCAACCACAAGGGCAUGACCUUCAUUGAGAAGCCCACGGCUGAGAGUGACAAGCCCCCUCCAGGCGAGGCCAGGGUCUAUAAGUGUCUCAGCUGUGAUUACCUGUUCGGAAAUAUGUCGGACCUGAAGCGCCACCUACGUGUCCGACAUCAUGUACAGGUUCAAGACAUCUCGUGUAUGGAUCAGAUGCACGUGUCAGAAGUACAGGUGCUGCAGUGUGGUGAGGAAGCCUUCGCUACAGAGCAGGAGGCUGGGACAGAGGUGACCUCCACCAUCACCACCGUCCAGGACAACAUCCACAUACAGCCUGCAGUGACCGGUCAGUCCGAACUGGACGAGAAAACAGCAUCAGCGGUCAAUCUCCUACAGCAGAUCAUCGACAUGUCCCAACAGGGAGCAUUUGGCCAGCAGCAGCAGAUUACCGUCCAGGCGGAGGAUGGUCAAAUGGUGGCCGUCAACCCAGAGACCAUCAUUGUCCAACAGGACGGAGAGGAAGUGUUGCUGACCGACGCAAAUGCUGGGGUGGAGGGGGGACAGUACGUUAUACAGUAUGUUAGUCCCGACAUGCAUCUGGACAACAUCCCACUGGAGAUACAGACCCUGGAGGAACAGACAUCUUAGUGGGGAUGAUAUGGGGAGAUCCCGACUUCCAUUAGUGUGAGUGAGUGAGAAUACUUUUACAUCGCUUUUGGCAAUUUUCCAGAAAUAUCACCGCGGGGACACCAGAAAUGUGCUUCACACAUUGUACACAUGUAGGGAAUCAAACCUGGGUCUUCGGUGUGAUGAAUGACGCUUUGACCACUAGGCUACCUACUGCCCCACUUCCAUUAUUGAAGGCAGAGAUGUGAUGGUGCGUCUUCAUUCAGAUCAUCGUACAUGCUGGUAUUGCUAACAGACAUCAUAGUGUAUUUCCAAUGUAUGCCAUACCAUAUUAAUGUGCAGCAAUAUAUUUGAGGAUACCGAAUCAUCAUACACAAUCAGUGAGCACAUUGGUUGUGAUUCCACAAUACCUCUUCGCAUUGUGUCAGAAUGCUCAAGGGAUUGAGAAUCUUGCCUGGCGAUACCACUGCGUUGUUAUUAACAUAUCGAACAGUUUGGUAGACCAGUAGGUGGUGAACCAACCACCCAAGUUUAUUUGUACUGCAGGUUGUGAGCAUCAACAGAAAUCUUGACAAGACGCCAAAACAUUUAUCUCAGUAUCACAGGGAUUUAUCUAGACCUGCUCAGAUGCCGUGUUCGGCUGACAUCUGAAGCAUUUGUCAUUAAAAAUUCCUAAAUUGGAAUAAAACAUUUGGCAAGUCAUUUUAUUAUGCAUGGUUUUUUAUGCAUGUGACUUGCAUUUCAUGGAUAACAGGACCAAUAAACAUGAAGAGCAUUUUUGCAUUGACUGAAAUAUUUAUAUACACCUGAAUUCAAGAAAGUAAGGACGUUUUAGAAAGAAAAAUGUUUUUUCUCCAAUUUGUCUUCCAAGGGCACUUAGUUUGAAAUCCUAGAUAAAUCCCUGGUAUGGUGAACCUCCAAAUAUACUGGCGUGAUCACAGAGAGAAACAUGGGAUGAGACAACAGUUUCUGUGAAAUGUGACUAAACAUCACAAAACACAAAAUGUCCUCCAUCAAAUAUUUGUGUUCCAAAUCAGGGUUCUGUUAUACAAAACAAUCUGCCAGGAAGGACUAUCAUAAGCAUGAUAAAUCUGCUAGAACAAGGGAGAUACAUGACUGUGUGGGAAAGGGCUGUUCCCCAAACAUGUAAAUCUGUAUGAAAAAUUUACUUACGUGAACAGUUGUCAUGGUAUCAUAAACAAAGUGCUACAACUACCAUCAACAUGAAACACAGUUACUAACAUAGGCUGAAGCACCAUGCAGAUGUAACUAUGGUAACAAGGUCUUCAGCAGACAUUGGUGGUAUCUUUGAUCGUGUCCAAAAGAGAUCAAUGUUGGGGAAAUUAGGGAUAUAUAAUGCAGGAUGAUGCUUAUCUUUUCCCCAGGUGUAUAUAUUAUGCAUCGUUUUUCUGAGUAACAUGGUGUAUCCGUGAACCGCUAUAGCCUAAGGCAUGGAGCCUUGUGGUAUGCUUGAGUUAUUGCUCCACUAAGGCCUUUUGCAGUUACUGCCAUAGAAUUCUAACUGAUAGCAUCACGUUUUUUACAUAUUAAUCUCAUUUGUGAUUACAAUUGUGUUACUUUUGUACACUAUUCCACACAACAUUAUACACUCAUUUAUGUGUUCAGGGCCCCAUUCCAAAAAGUGAUGUUAGCACUAAGUUUAUGUUAAAGUAGGUUACGAUCGUCUUCUCACAAAGAUAGCUUUGUGGAACAGGUCCCUGGUCUCUAACCGAGGUCGUUAAAGGUGACUAACAGGAUCGGGUGGUCAGGCUCGCUGACUAGGAGGAUGCAUCUCAUCGAUCCCAAUUGCGUGGAUCGAUGUUCAUGAUAUCAAUCACUUGAUUGUCUGGUCCAGACUUGCCAUCAUAUAGCUGGAAUAUUGCUGAGGGUGGCGUAAAACAAGAAAACCAAACCAAACCAAACCUCUAACCUAAGCCAUCUACCUGAAACCAGCAUCAUAUUUAUUCUGCCAAACUCCAGAGCAGGGGUGCGCAUCCCUUUUUUUUUCAGACACCUUACAUGUUGACUGCGCCCUCGGCCAAAUCAGUUCUUGAUUUGGGUAUUAUGUCAACCCCUCUCUGAAUCCUGUAGAGAAACUUGUAAAUUCUUCAUCCCAAACAAUUUAAUGGCCAGUGCCCUGAGAAAUAAAAGAGGUUAAUUAACGGAUAUGAGUUUGCAUUUUCUGGAAAGGUAUUGGAACAAUAAUGAACAUGAGUAUUGUAAAUCACUAUCACUAUCAACAGUAUUUAUUCAUACAAUUGUACAUAAAACAUGGAUGCCUUUGUAUUUUGUCAUCCAUAUUUGCAUGGAGAUAACCCAAUGAAUAAAGUGCAUGUUGAGCAUGCUGAGAAAACUA